AUGGAAGCUCCGGCUUGGAUGUUCACCAAGGCUUUAAAUCAUAGGCAAAAGGUUUGUCGCUUAUACAAACGUGCACUUCGUGAAGUCGACAAUUGGUACGGAGGAGACAACUUGGAAGUUCGUUAUCAAAAAGUUAUUCUCCGGGCUCGUUUCGAUGCCAACAAGAAUGAAGCUGAUACAAGAAAGAACCAGCUUGUUCUUGCUGACGGAUGCAAGCAAUUGUGGGAGCAUCGUCACUUCAAACCUUUCAGAUUCGCUCUGGAUUCUGGUGGAAGCAGUUAUGAUCGUGAACGCGAAUCUCCUGAUGUGAUUCUCGACUCUGACCAGUGGACUCUUCCAGAGCGUGAACAAUUCCCAUACUAUUUCAACAAGAGAGAGCAAAGAAAGAAGGAGCUUCUUGCUCAUUGGUCGAAGAUUGAAAAGGAUUGGGAUGAUCAAAUCGCGGCUAUUCAGACUACUCUUCCAAGCGAGGGAUCGAAACAAAAAACUGUUUAA